CAAUCAUACAAUCGCACAUUUGGAAGCCAUGCAUACUUUUCUUGUCUUCUUUUUUGCCACUCUAGGCUUGGCUGCUCGACCAUUCCUCAAUGAACCAGAUACUGGGAUCGAAAGUGCACUGGAACUCCCCUCCAACGGGUCACUGCCGUCAUUGAAUCGCAUGCUUGGACUUCCAGAUUUCGACUAUCUGGCAAGAGAGACACUGGACUACCCGAAAUAUGCAUUAGUCUCCCACGGCGCCGGAAGUGAAUUUUCUUAUAGAAACAACUUGGAGGUGUUCGACCGAUUUCGGUUUCGUCCCCGCGUCAUGGUUAACAUUACCAAUAUCGAUGCGAGCUUGAAGACGUCGAUUCUUGGACAUGAAUUUGAUCAGCCCUUCUUCAUCAGCCCAUUUGCUUCAGCGGGUGUGACCAACGCGGCUGCAGAGGGAGGCUUGGUCGGCGGGGCAGGUAAACAUAAUGUUCUCUACAUUGCCUCCCAAUCUUCGACACUUUCCAUGGAGGAUAUAUCGGCGUUGAAGAGUGACGGUCAGGUCAUAUGGCAACAGAUCUCUCUGAAGAACAUUGGUGAUGAACCACCUGUCGAUCUUUUUACCAAGAUUGAAGCCGCUGGUAUGAAAGCUAUUGUCCUGACGGUGGAUUCGGCUGGUGACAGGUAUGCCUACCGUCCCAAGAGAUUGUUGCCAGACCCAACAAUCGGCCGCGAUCCUCGAUACACUUUCAUGAGCUGGGACUUUUACAAGGAGCUUCAGAACGCGACGUCUCUCCCAAUCAUCCCAAAAGGCAUCCAGACGGUCGAGGAUGCUCGUAAAGCGAUCGAGGUUGGUGCACCAGCCAUUUUCCUCUCUAACCAUGGUGGCCGCGUGCUGGAUGGCGCGCCUUCACCUUUGGAGGUUGCUUGGGAGAUUUAUCAAGAAGAUCCCGAUGUUUUUAAGGAGAUCGAGGUAUAUGCCGAUGGUGGAGUCCGGUAUGGUACCGAUGUUAUGAAGCUUCUCGCGCUUGGCGUAAGAGCUGUUGGUCUUGGGCGCCCCUUCGUGUUCGCCAACCUCUAUGGAGCCGAUGGAGUUUCUUGGGCCAUUUCUCUACUUGAAAAAGAGGUGACCAGCGUCGGGGCUAACCUUGGUCUCUCUGAUAUUAGAGAUAUUAACCCUUCUUAUAUCAAAUUGACCUCCACGCAGUGGAAUAGCUGAGGUUUCAACCUUGGUUGGCGUUU